AUGCGUCUACUAAGGAGACUCCGCCCAUUCCAACGGCCACAAUCUGAUGAGACAAUUAUUGGUGAAUGGAGAGCAGAAGAAGUGGAACAGACAGAUGAGAGAAGAAAUAGACUUGAGAGAAAGUCAUGGAUUGAGGAUGAGGGUGACGAUCAUCCUGAUCAAUCUACACCCACAAUGGAAAAUCUUGACAUUUCUGAUCUGUGCCACCCAUUGUGGGUGGGUGGUACAUUGGAAGUGUUGCACGUUGGUAGCAGUGAUGGCUUGUCAUUCCAUGAGACGAUCGGCAGUGAGGGAGGAGAGCUGAGUGCUGGCAGUGUGAGCAUUACUGUUCCAGCGGGUGCCAUUCAAUCACCAACACAAUUCUCCAUUCAUUCAUUCAUGCAUGAUAAGUAUAUGCCUCCCGUCUCUGCUAGUGGCUACCAAGUGGUCAGUCCAGUUAUUUUUCUUGGUCCCCAUGACGUGUCAUUCAGCAAGCCAAUCAAAGUGUGUAUCAACACCAUAGCUGAUGUGACUUCAGCAGGCGGGUCGUUCACUUUGAUGAGAUGUGAAUCAAGACUCGAUGAGAGGAAGUGGAGAUGGCGUGGUGUGGUAGUGUAUUCUCCUGAUACUCAGGAAGUGCAGUCACACAUUCCAUUUGAUCCCAACAGCUGGUCAGUGGAGGUGACCAGUUUUAGUUGGUGGUUGUGGCUUGUUAGUUUUAUUAAGAGCCCAACCAUUUUAUUCAGAAGGAAGAUGGGAUGUGUAGUUCUUGGUCGAAGUCUUUCUUCUUGCAAAUUUUCAUUGUCGGUGCAUCUUUUCAAUUCAUAUGAAGAAAUUGGUCAGAAAAUUAUUUGUGACCAUCAAGGACAUGUAUCAUUGCCUGCUAUCCAGCUCUGUCCAGUGACAGAAUUUAAUAUUUACUAUGAAGGUGACGUAGUUAUGAAGCCUCAACUUGGUUCAGAAUGGUCAUUGUGUCGAGGUGAUGCGAAAGUUCAGUAUCCAACCAAAUAUUUGUGGGAUCAACCAUUUGAUCGUGAUCAUUGCUUCACAUUUGUUGUUGAAUCAAAUGGCCCUCGUCCUGAUAGUUUAGAAUUUCCUGUUCAUGUUGAGUACAUCAGACAAGGUGAAGUGGAGUUCACUCUGGAACUGGAAGCAGUUCACAAACUGUCCAAAUCAGCUGAUUCAUCAAAUUCCAGUUUACCUUCUCACUCUCCUUCUCUUCCAGAUGAGGAACAGGAAGCAUUUUACUUCUGUAGUGAAGAGGGUCUACAUUCUUCUGGCUCCACAUCUUCAUCAACAGCAGCAAAGGAUAGAACUUCAUCACAAAGAUCAAUGAAACAACAACCUGCUGAUGUACACACUGUCAGUCAAUGUGAUGUCAGUCCCAUCUAUACCAAAGUUCAAGAGAAAAGCUCAUUGCUAGUUCGUCUUUCUGAUGGAAGUGAAGUUCCUUACACAGGAUGUACUUUCCGGUACAUAGAUACUACAGGUCAGACAGUUGAAGAAGUUCCAGGAGAAAGGCUCUAACACAUGUACCAUUAUGUACAUGUGACACCGAUGUCACGGAACACACCAGACCAACAUUACUGUAUUUGCCUGUAAUAACGCUCUGGGCAUAUAGGAAAGAAACACUUUUUCUGGGCAUAUACUAGGCAGGGUUU